AUAGCAAUUCAGAGCUACGGAGAAAACUCUAUAUUUUGAUGUUCUUUCCUCUUUUCAGAAAAAAUAUCUACAGAUUCCAGAGGUAUCUGCACAGAAGGCUACUUUCAAUGUGCGAAUGAUACUUUAUGUGUAGCCCAAAAUCAAAUUUGUGAUGGCGAAUCCAACUGUCCUAUGGGAACUGAUGAAGAGGAUUGUGACGACGAACAUGAUGAUGAUUACUGGGAUCAUCUAUACAGAAAAAGACCAGUAGCUGAACACGAUGACUGGAAUGGAGAUAAUUGUUCCUUUCACUAUACUGGAAAAUGCAUCUGUAGGAAACUGGAUCUAUUAUGUGACUACAAAAACUUUGAAAAGGCUCCAGAUGACCUGCCACAUGUGAACAUCAAUAUUUUGGACUUCACUGGUAACAACUUCAGGAAUUUGAGUCAGGAAUCUUUGAUGUCAAUUCCAGAUUCUAUAGAAAAAUUAAUUCUGUCACAUUGCAGUAUCAUUGAAAUACAAGAAAAAACUUUCGUUCAUUUGGGAAAUAUGAAAAAUCUACAUUUGGACAACAAUCACGUGAAAGCCCUUCCACCAGAUAUGUUUCCGGAAACAAGCAGAUUAAAUAUAUUAUCUUUGAUGUAUAAUGACAUCUCCAAAAUCGAUGCGAAAGCUUUCAUGAAUCUGGGAUAUCUGUAUGAACUAGAUCUAAGGGGCAAUAAAAUAUCUAGAAUUGACAUCACGAGUUUGGAACCGUUAAAGAACCUUGCUAUUUUAUAUCUUCAAAAUAAUCAAAUUACCCACCUGAAAUCCUACAGUUUUCCGCAAAUGUCUCUCCAACAGUUGUCUCUGAUGGAAAACAAAAUUCAGAAGAUAGAUAUAGCUGCUUUCAGCCAUUUGAUCCACUUGAAGAGUUUGUUCCUUUCCAACAACAAAUUAACGCUUGUGAAAAAUAGCACUUUUUCAAAUCUGAAAAAACUGGAAGCACUAACAUUGAACAACAACUUCAUCAAGACCAUCGAGCACGGAGUUUUCAAAGAUGUAACCAACCUGCAAUCACUGAGACUAGAAGGAAAUCAAUUGAGAUAUCUUGACAAGAGUGUAUUGGAAGCACUCAUCAAUCUGAGAACAAUAUACUUUGAUAGAUUUGAAAUGUGCUCAUCGGCCCAACAUGUACGAAAUUGUUAUCCCAAGGGAGAUGGUAUCUCUAGUCAAGAACAUAUGUUAGCUAAUCCAAUAUUGAGAACUUGUGUUUGGGUAAUGGGUGUGAUAGGCUGUACAGGAAACAUAAUAGUUUUGCUGGGACGUCAUUUUGCCCCUACCAACAACGUCGUGCAUUCCUUGUAUCUGAAGAAUUUAGCUCUUUCGGAUUUAUUGAUGGGAGUGUACUUAUUCAUAAUAGCAUCUGAAGAUCAAUACUACAGAGGUGUAUACCUCAGUUAUCAGUACAUAUGGAGACAUAGUUAUAUAUGCAAGUUAUGUGGAUUCCUGAGCACGCUCUCUUGCGAAUCCUCCGUCCUGAUUCUCUCUUUGGUCACUUGGGACAGAUUCAUUUCCGUCACUCAGCCACUAGCCAGGAAACAACCCUCAAGAAAAACAGCAGCUAUUACUCUCAUCUUACUCUGGUGUUUUGCUACUCUAGUGGCACUGAUCCCUCUCAGCAACCUUACUAGAGACUACUUUGGAGAUGAGUUCUAUGGAAAUAACGGAGUUUGUCUAUCCCUGCACAUUCACGAACCGUUUUCAAUGGGUUGGCAGUACUCAGCGACAAUGUUCAUUCUUCUCAACACUUUGGCUUUGAUAUUCAUCUCAUACGCAUAUAUGAGAAUGAUAAAUGAAAUUAGGGCCAGUGGAGUGGCAUGUAGGUCAACUAGACAAAGUCAAGAUGGAGAUAAGGUUGCUAAAAGAUUUGGGAUCAUCGUCUUCACAGAUUGCCUUUGUUGGGUCCCAAUCAUUCUAGUGAAAUUAGUUGCAUUCUCAGGCAAACCCAUUCCUCAAGAUCUGUAUGCAUGGCUGGCAAUUUUUGUGUUGCCAAUAAACUCGGCUCUCAAUCCAGUUUUAUAUACAUUGACCACUACGAUUUUCAAAAAACAGAUGAGGAAAAUCUACAACUCUUGUUGGCGCAAGAAGAGGUCAGAACAACAUCAUGCAGGAUCUGAGUCUGGAUUCAGUCUCAGUUUCGGAGUUUUUCCUAUUGGCAGCAGUACUAGGAGAUUAUUCGGUAGUAGGAGAACCCAUAGCACUAGUCUAACGGCGAGCAGAAAUAGUUGGAAAAGAUCAACAGCAGUAUGAUAGUGAAGUGUUCGAAUUUAUUUUUCAUUGUUCUGAGAAGACACUGAAUGGGGAAAUACGUUUUAUUUGUACAUAGUAGCAUUUAGGCUCCCAAUAGGAAAAAACAUAAGUUUUCCGUUAUUAAGUGUUGUGAAUUUGAAAUAUUUUGUAAAUUUAAGUAUAUUGCAAAUUCAUUCAUUAUGUCUAUUAUUAUAAGGAGGUAUAUGAGGUAUCAUUUCAUCAGUUUGAUGAUAUGUCCGUGAAAAGUAGUGAAACAA